AUGCCUUUAUCUAAGACUCAGUUGUCUGACUUACCAGAUCCAUGUCAGCACGCGCCAUUCACCCGAAAAAGUAGCUCGCUGCGCACCGCAAUCCUGACAGUCAUCAGUGCAUCCUCUCUGCUUUCGUUGGUGCAUCGGGAACCAGGCGGCUUGCCCUCUUUCUUCUCAAGCCGACACUGCAACGAUAAUCCUAGUAUCCUCGGUGCUCUGCCCCCCAACGUGAAUUCCAGCGCAUGUCCUCAGUUUGAAGCUCUUUAUCCCGCUAAACAUGUCCUCCUUGAUGCCGAGCUAGAGUCACUCUAUGCGACCGAGGAUUUCAAGCUCAAAACGUACAAGUCUUUCUCCGGCGCUAUUCAAAUCCCAACCGAGUCCUAUGAUGACAAUGGCCCAGUUGGAGAGGAUCCGAGAUGGGAAACCUUUCAAGUACUACACAGCUACUUUCAGUCCACAUUUCCUCUUGUGUACGAGAAUCUGAAAGUAACCAAAGUCAACACAUACGGUCUUGUAUUUCAUUGGCAAGGCUCGACCAACGCCAAGCCCAUUCUCAUAACAGCCCAUCAAGAUGUUGUCCCGGUUGACCCGACUACAAUUGACCAGUGGGAACACGAACCGUAUUCUGGACUUUAUGAUGGUACAUGGAUUUGGGGCCGUGGUAGUAGCGACGAUAAGUCGGACCUUAUCGAACAACUCAUCACCAUAGAUUCCCUUCUAAGCAAGGGCUUUGCUCCAGCCAGGACCGUGGUCCUUGCAUCCGGUUUCGAUGAAGAAUCCAAGGGUACGGAGGGAGCAGGUCACAUUGCGGGAUACCUAGAGACCACAUAUGGACGAGAUGGAUUUGCCAUGCUCGUAGACGAAGGAGGAUCGAAUGAUAUACCUUUCGGAGGAGGAGUUAUGUUUUCUUCACCUGAUAUAUCAGAGAAAGGUUACUUAGAUGUUAAAGUCGAAGUGUCCACUUCAGGCGGCCAUUCUAGCGUUCCUCCCCCUCACACAGGUAUUGGAAUUCUCUCUCGCUUGGUCACAGAAAUCGAAGAUCACCCUCACGAAUCCCAGCUAUUGCGUUCCGGCACUCCAUUCGCAUCCAUCCAGUGUACCUCGACCUACGGACCUACUUAUCCUAAUGAUAUCCGGCGUCUUGCCAAAGAAGCACUCUCUGACGACGCAGCGCUCAAACAGUUGGAGGAGGAGCUCCUUGCAGCAUCUCCGUUAUAUAGCGCCAUGUUUGGUACUACACAAGCUGUCGACGUCAUUGAAGGUGGUGUGAAAGUGAACGCCCUUCCAGAGCGGACAUCUGCUAUAGUAAACCAUCGUAUUGCGGAGCACAGUUCAGUGGCAGAAUUACAAGAACAUCUCGUUGACGUUUUAUCUCCUACGGUCAGAAAAUUCAAUAUGACGCUCAACGCAUUUGGACAUAUUGCGAUUCGUGGAAACGAAAAAGCUGGAGUCGUCACCCUUUCUGAUGCUUUCAACACUGCGCUAGACCCUUCUCCAGUCACGCCUCUUGAAUAUGGACCUUAUUCGUUAUUGUCGGGAACUAUCAAGGCCACUAUAGGAAGUUCUACUUUUUACAAUACCACUGGGGUGGUUAUCGCCCCUUCUCUUUCCUUAGGCAAUACUGAUACCAGAUUUUACUGGAACCUCACUCGGCAUAUAUUCCGAUACUCGCCAGGAGCUGCCACUGAUGUCUAUGCUGGUAUUCAUACGAUCAACGAAGCGAGACGCGCGGAAAGUGUCAUCGAAGGAAUUCGUUUCUUCACCAAACUAAUCUUGAACAGUGACGAAUCCCUUUCGUUAUGA